AUGACACUGUACUUCCUACCAAAGCUGAAAAACCACAGCUGUGUUACUACUUGGCCCUUUCCUACACACUUUACAACUUGGCUGAAUGAAAAUAGUGAUAAUUUUUGUUUAAACAACGCAAAUAACAUCUCUGAUGUUACGAUUGAAAUUGAAAAUGGAAUGCGCGAAAUCUCAAGCAAGACAUGUUUGAGGUUUGUGAAGAGAACAGUAGAAGAAAAUUACAUUAAUUUUGUAAAAAGCAAAGGAUGUUGGUCCUACACGGGAAUGCAGUCAGGAGGCCAAGAAAUUUCCGUUGGUAAUGGAUGUGAAGCAAAAGAAGUUAUCGUACAUGAGAUCUUACAUGCCUUGGGGUUUUACCACGAACAAUCGCGAGCCGACAGGGAUGAUUUCGUCCAGAUAUUUUGGAAGAACAUUAAGCCACAACGUGUAAAAAGUUUUAAAAAACGUGAUCCAUCGGAAUCUGCAGAUUUAAAUCUGCCGUAUGACUUAAAGAGUGUCAUGCACUAUGGUAACCACGCCUUCGGUAUCAAGAAAGCCCAAACGAUAAUGUCCAAAAAAUAUCCUAAGCUGAAGCUUGGUAACGAUAAAGGAUUGUCCCCAGGGGACGUGGACGAGCUCAAAAGAUUAUAUCGUUGUGAAUCUUUGCCUAUUGGUGGGUACGGUGAAUGGAAUGAAUGGUUGCCAUGUGGUGCAAAUGUCAGGUUAAAAUAUCGUAUAUGUUACGGCCAAACUCUCAGUGUUUGUCGCGGGCACGGAUUACAAAAUGGUGUGCAAGCUGUUAGAGAAACCUGCACUGCAGAACCGCUGCAAGCUUUUAUGGAAGGCUGCUUUAACCACAGAAUGGACAUUUUCAAUCAACUUCCACUUCAGCACAAACCGACUGCACUUGCUUGUACUGGGUUGAAUGAAGAAAAUAAAGAUGUGAUUGACUGGGAUAAUAAAAUGUCAGAAGCCUUCCUUAUCUGUUCUCACUUCGCUCAAAUGAAUGGAUUCAAGAAAUUUGGUAUAGGUAACUAUUGCCAGUGUCAUUAUGGUAAUGAUGACAUUGAUUUAACACAAAAUGGAAAAUCACGUUAUUGCACAGAUGGUUAUGGAUUUAAAGACGCUAUAUAUUUGUACAUAAUAGGAAAUGCAUCAAAAUCUUAAAUUAGCUUUUAAAAAAGACAUUUUAACCGACACUGACGCUAAUAAUAAUGUCGAGAA